AUGUUCGAGUUCUUGCAGUCACACCUUCUGCUCGCUUCCGCUCUCAUCGCUGCUAUUGUCUAUGUGGGCAGAUGGCUCGCCAAAGGCUAUGCAAUCCGUGCGAGGGCCCACAAGAUGCCAGGACCUCCUCACUCUAUGCUUUGGGGUCACCUCAAAGUAAUGGCAGAAGUGGCGGCCAAAAACCCCCGCAGAGUCCAUCCUCAUGUUUACCCAGCGCAGCUGCGAAAGAAGUACAACCUGGGCUCCUAUUUCGUGAUGGACACAUGGCCAGUCGGGUACGAUAGCAUCAUAGCAAUCAUGGAUCCCGAAGUCUGCCAGCAGCUAUCAGUAGAGCACACCACACUGAAGCACCCAUCGAUGAAGGCCUUCAUGGUUCCACUCGUGGGCGAGGGCGACAUGAUCUCCGCCGAUGGCCAUGAAUGGAACAAAUGGAGGAAGAUGUUCAAUCCUGGCUUCUCGUCGCAGCACUUGAUGUCACUGGUGCCGGGCAUGGUCGAUGAUGUGCUGGUCUACAUCGAGAAGCUCAACGACCAUGCCGCCAGGAAGCAAGUGUUUAGACUGGAGGAGGACACGACUCGUUUGACUGUCGAUGUCAUCGGAAAGGUCACGCUUGACUUGCGCUUCAAUCUGCAAAGGACGAAUCACCCCUGCAUCGUGGCGUUACGUGAGCAGAUCAACUUGCUACCAAACGAAGGUCUAUCGAAUCCGUUCGAAAUGUGGCAUCCCGUAGGCAUCUAUCGCCGUUGGCGAAACCAGCGAAUCAUGGUCGACUACAUUGGCAAAGUGUUAGACGAACGCUAUGCUACAGCCGAGCCGAAGGUCGCCAAAGCCCAAAAGAAGCGAAGCAUUCUCGACCUGGCACUGAACAGUUACACAUCUGGGGCGACGGACCUGGAAGAAAUGACUGGCCAGCUACCAAAGAUGGACGCCGAGUUCCGCAAAGGUGCCAUUACCCAGAUCCGGGCCUUCCUUUUUGCCGGUCACGAUACCACAAGCUCAACCAUCUGCUAUGUCUUCUACCUUUUGAGGAAGUAUCCUGAGGUCUAUCGCAAAGUUUGCGAGGAACACGAGCGAUUCCUUGGACCGACCGAUGGCGCGGCAGAAGCCAUCAAGGAUAAACCACAUCUGCUGAAUAGUCUAGAGUACACACUGUGUGUCAUCAAGGAGACCUUGCGGCUGUUCCCAGCAGCUUCAGCGCCACGUAAAGGGGAGCCUGGCCUGAUGAUCCGCGACCCCAAGACUGGUGAGACUAUGCCGACAGAAGGCCACAUGCUAUGGCUACUCCACUUCGGUCUACACCGCGACGAAAACGUCUGGGGUGAGACUGCAAAUGACUUUAUCCCGGAUCGCUUCUUACCCGAAAACUCCAGUAAGAUACCAGAAGGUGCCUGGAGACCCUUCGAGAUGGGGCAGAGAAACUGUCUUGGCCAAAACCUGGCACUGCUGGAAUCACGCAUCAUCCUCGCCUUGACGUGUCGACAGUUUCAAUUCGAUCUUGCGCUAGAUCGUCUCGAUGAGCUGAAGAAUGAUGGUAGCUUCUAUGCUCGCAGUAGCAAGUUUCAGGAGGGAGUGCAGAAUGUGCAAGGCGAGGAGAUGUAUCAGAUUCUCCUGGGGGCGGCGAAGCCGAGGGAGGGUAUGCCUGUUGUGGCGAGGCGAAUUGGGGAUUGGAGGAAGGAGUAG